AUGGCUAAAGAGAGAUGUGAAUUAGAUCGAACGGUCACGAGGACAGCGUCAUUAACACGCAUUGGGUUACUUUAUAAAAUUUGCGUUACUAAACGAAAACUCCGUCUUCUUCGUCGAGCGUCGUCGUCGUCGUCUAGGGUUUAUCUUUCUCGUUACCUUCCUCUGAUUCUUCAAGGUAAUAUUAAAUUUCUCUCCGCGGACGACUUCAGCUUUUUCCAGCUCUUCGAUUAUAGAGUUUCUGACAUUUGGUGUUGCAUCGUUAGGAAUUCGAUUUCGUCUGCAAGUAUGAGGCCGGUGUUCGUCGGGAAUUUCGAGUAUGAGACUCGCCAAUCGGAUCUUGAACGGUUGUUCGGCAAGUACGGGAGAGUGGAGGGAGUUGACAUGAAGUCUGGUUAUGCGUUUGUGUAUUUUGAGGAUGAGCGUGAUGCUGAAGAUGCAAUCCGUGGGAUUGACAAUACCCCUUUUGGCUAUGAGAAACGCAAGCUCUCAGUUGAAUGGGCCAAGGGUGAGCGUGGGAAGCCUCGUGAUGGUAGAGGAGCGUCGAACCGGAGGCCUACUAAGACACUGUUCGUCAUCAACUUUGACCCUAUGCGCACCAAAGAGCGUGAUAUUGAGAGACACUUUGACUCGUAUGGUAAAGUUCUCAACGUCCGCAUAAGGCGCAACUUUGCAUUUGUUCAAUUUGCGACACAGGAAGAUGCAACCAAGGCCCUUGAGUCUACGCAAAACAGCAAGAUAAUGGACCGGGUUGUUUCUAUUGAGUAUGCUUUGAGGGAUGAUGAUGAACGAGGAGAAGAUCGAUAUGCUGCUGCUAGUCCUAGAAGGAGAUCUCCUAGUCCAGUGUACCGUAGGCGUCCCAGUCCUGACUAUGGCCGUCCUCGCAGCCCUGAAUAUGACAGGUACAAGGGUCCAGCUCCGUAUGAGAGGCGUCGCAGUCCAGAUUACGGUCGUCGCAGUCCAGAUUACGGUCGUCGCAGUCCAGAUUAUGGUCGUCGCAGUCCGGAUUAUGGUAGAGCUAGGAGCCCUGGUUAUGACAGAUACAGGAGCCGGUCUCCAGUUCAUAGAGAAAGAGGUUGA